AACGAAAUUGUCAGAAUUAGGUUCAGCUAUCCAGCUAACUUGCACAUUGUGCUGCAUUUUUUUCUGUCGCUUCGUUUAUAUAAAACUAGAUCUAGAAUACCUCACUCGUCAACCUCAUUCCCUUAUUUCGAGGAAUAGGCUAUCCUUACAGAGGAUAUGCCUGCAUUGGGGACAGCCGACUUUGGCGUCAGAACAUUUUAUGCCGCCACUCAUCCUAAUGACAAAUGUGGACCAAAUGGACUACCUCUAACACCAAAUUCUAUAAAAAUUCUAGGACGUUUUCAGUACCUUACUACAUUAGCACAUCCACAAUUGUGUCAAUAUUUAGAUAUCAGCAAAACUAAACAUGAAUGCCUUAUUGUAAUCUCAGAACAUCAUCGUAUUACUUUACGAGAAAAACUUAAAUGUGAUGGUAAUCUUGGAGAAAGUCAGAUAGUGCGACUAGCUUUCCAAAUGUUAGAUGGAUUAACGUACUUACACAGAAACAAUAUUGUACAUAGGAACCUGAGCAUUGACAACAUUCUCAUUGAUAAACAGGGUAACAUCAAACUCUCUGAAUAUGGUCUCUACUAUAUGACAGAUUACGGAGCAGAUGUCUCUUUUCCAAUAGGUUUACCUCGGUACUUGGCCCCAGAAGUGUUUUGUUCUGGCCCAGUUAAGGUUGAUGAUGAAACUGGGCACUGUGUUCAGCCAAUAUCUGGGCCAAAAACUGAUGUUUGGACUUUUGGUAUCAUUCUACUAGAACUUAUUUUGGGAAAGGAACUGUGGUCUGGAUUAGGUCUUCAAGAAACCCUGCUGAAAAUGGUUGAAUUCAUAAAGACAGAAAUGUCACCAUUGGAUUUACUUUGUCAAGAUCAAGUUAUUGCUGACAGAUUAAAGGGCUAUUCAAAAGAACUUCGAGAUGUGCUUAGAUUAUGUCUGACUGUGUCCUCUACAAAGAGAGCAAAGUCAGAUGAGCUUAAGCAACACCCUUUAUUCACUGUCAACAUAAAAAAUGCAGUGACCCACAAAAAAGAAUAUAAUAUGUUUACAACAGAAUUGCGCUGUGUUGACCUUGAACUUCCAUCCUAUGAUGAGACAAUAGCAAAUGAGUUUAGUGAUGACCACCUUUCCCAGAGAUCAAUGCAAGAGGUUUACUAUCUGUGGCGGCUGGCUGGUGGGGACCUUGAUACUGUGUUGAGAAAAGCAGGAAUGUCAAAGACAAGGCCUCCUGUCCAUUUACUUCCAUGCUAUGGUAUUAUAGACGGAGAUGUGUUUGGACAAGACCGAGACUAUGCUGAACUUUUGAACAAUACUGUAAUUACUUUGUCUCAGGAACAGCUAAGAUUUCGCCUAAGAGAGAUUCCAUCAACAGCUUAUUAUCCUCUUUUGGAAGAUGAGCUGAAGUUACCUGAGCACCAGUUACCAACAUCACCAAGCAAUGGUGACUUGACCAGCUCUGCAGCCUUGCCACUUGUUAUCAGGGAAAAAGAUAUUGAGUACCAGUUCCACAGAAUCAUUUUGUAUGCAAGGUUACUGAGUGCUUAUCCAUUUAAAAGGCCUCAUAUUUGGAGAGAGGCAAGAGUUGACAUUCCACCACUAGUCAGAGCUAAUGUUUGGGCAGCUUUGCUUGAAGUUGAGGGUGAUAUAGAAGGAUUUUACAGAUCUAUUGACAAAGAAACUGCCACUGCAACUGAUAGACAGAUAGAGGUAGAUAUUCCCAGGUGCCAUCAGUAUCAUGAACUGCUUUCAUCCCCAACUGCACAUGGUAAAUUCAAACGUGUGCUCAAGGCGUGGGUGCUCAGUAAUCCCCAAUAUGUCUAUUGGCAAGGUCUAGAUUCACUCUGUGCUCCUUUUUUGGCACUGUCAUUCAACAAUGAGGCAUUGGCUUUUGCCUGUUUGUCUGCAUUUAUACCAAAAUAUUUGAACAAGUUUUUUAUGAGGGAUAAUUCUGCUGUGAUCCAGGAAUAUCUGGCUGUGUUUUCCCACCUCAUAGCGUUUCAUGAUCCAGAGUUAAGCAAUCAUCUAGAUGGGAUUGGUUUUAUACCAGAUCUGUAUGCUAUUCCUUGGUUCCUGACCAUGUAUGCUCAUGUUUUCCCCCUUCAUAAAAUUGUACAUUUAUGGGACACUCUACUGUUGGGGAAUUCAUCGUUUCCUCUCUGUAUUGGCGUAUCUAUUCUUCAGCAACUUCGAGAUAGAUUGUUGUCUUUUGGGUUCAACGAGUGCAUUUUGCUCUUCUCUGAUAUGCCUGAGAUUGAUAUAGAGCGAUGUGUCCAGGAUUCAAUAAAAAUAUUUUGUUCCACCCCUAAAAGUGCUACAUUUAGACAGCAUGCUCGCCCUCUGAAGUCUAAAAGUUCAAAUGAUCGUCCAAAUUUAUCAUACUAUAGUCGGGAUUACCAUGAACAGCCACAAACAGAUCUGUCUAUGGAAGCCAUGUCUAUAGAGGAACUAAAAGGAGAGAAAUGUCCUAGGAUAUCUGCAGAAGACCUAAUAGAGUUGGGAGAGCUGCUGGGAUCAGCAUCCUCCCGAAGUCCAACCAAAAGACGAUUUAAUAGCAAACCUAUGAUUGUUAUUUUAGAUGUCCGUCACUAUGAUGACUACAAAAGAGGAACUUUACAAGGGAGUAUCAACAUCCCAUUCCAAACAGCCUUCUCACCAGAAGGUGAACUGAACCCUUGCCCAGCUGUGCAGCAGUUGAACUCACGAAGGAACCAAGUUGUUGUGGUUGUAGGAAGCAGAGGUCGCAACGCUUCUAAUUUUGCAAAUGAGCUAGUUCGACUUGGCUAUGCCAGAGUAUGUGUUCUACAUAAAGGAAUUGAUGUUUUUAGAACUACUGGUCUCAUAACCAUACCUCCUGCAGACAUAUGAAUGCUUACUGCUAUGUGAUGGGCUACUAAGAUAUUUCUUAUGUUACAGUUAAUGCUCAGCUUAUGUUGUUGUAUUAGUUAGAAAAGCUAUGUUUGCCAAAUGUUAAUAAGAUUAUUUGUUCCCAUUAUUGUAAAUGAAUGACACAUUUCGGCUUUGUGAUAAAAGUAGUUUAUUAUUUUUGUAGUCUCUAUUUAGUAUUACAUUAAGAUAAUUUUAGUAAUGUAAUUUUUACUAAUUCUAGUUUGUUCACUCUCUAGCUGGUUAAGAAUUGAGUAAUUGUGGGAGUGCAUUCACACAUUUCACAGAAGACAAUGCAAUGUUUUAUAUUUAUAUAAUUAAAAAAAAAGAAAAUCCAAUUUUGAUGUUUCAUAAUUUUAGCAGAAAACUGAAGUCAACAAUUUUUAAAAUUAAAAUCAAAGAAUGCAAAGCACAGAAAGUUUUUAAUUCAUUAUUUUGAAAUAAAAUCUAUUCCUGUUAUAUAGCUGUUUUUCUUUAUCUGCUAGUUUAAAACUUAUUUUAAGAAUUUGAAUGCAUACAAUUUUUUCCAGUUAUGUAUACUUUUUUAUGUACAAAGAUGUCCAUACCUGGUUUAAAUAAAGCUUUGGAUUGAUUGAAUGAGAAAAAUGUUCACAGUUUGUGAUUUUUAUUUCAUCU